AUGGCAAUAGGAAGCUUGCCAAGCAUGUCCAAAGGGGAAUUUAAAUCAGCAAGUUCGAAUAAUGGGGUAGUUUUGAAUGGCGAAAAUAAUCUGAGCAAAGUGCUGCACAUGAGUUCGGGUAGCGGGGAGAGCAGCUAUGCUCAAAACUCAAGCAGGCAGAGCUCUGUCUUCAAAUCCAUGCAGCCUGCCUUCUACCGCCUAAUUCAAUCUCUCCCCAUUGAAAAUCACAGCGGUGUAUUGCGAAUUGCAGACUUGGGCUGCGCCACCGGAAUGAACACCGUUUCUGAGGUGGAUUUUGUGGUGACGACUAUAAAAGAGCUGUGCUCUAAGCGAGGUCUCUCGAUUCCCGAGCUGCAGGUGUUUUUCAACGAUCUUCCUUGUAACGAUUUUAACGGGUUGUUCAUGCUGUUGAACUCGUUGAAGCCCGAUUACAUGGCAGCUGGAGUACCCAGAAGCUUCUACCAAGUUCUUUUUCCGCAGGGCAGCAUCCACAUAUGCUUCUCUAUGAUGGGAUUGCAUUGGCUUUCUCAGGUUCCGAAAUGCGUAGGCAAUGAGGGGUUGUGUUUUUACAAUAGAGGAAAGGUUUGGAUUAAUGGGGGCAGAGCAGAAGUGGCUAGAGCGUACGCUGAGCAGUCGCAGAAGGAUCUGCGUGAAUUUUUUAGAUGGAGAGGGCACGAAAUGGCGAAGGGGGGUGUGAUGUUCAUAUGCGCAAUGGGGCGUCCCAAUGGAGCGAAUGCAGAGCACCAAGUUACGCCAGAGGGUGAGUACUGUGGACCCGACUUCGAAGCUGCUUGGGACGACCUAAUUUCAGAGGGGAUUGUCAGUUCUGAGACGAGAGACGGUUUCAAUCUGCCAUGGUAUUUUCCCAGCACGGAUGAAAUGAGAGAGGCCAUUGAAGCGUCGGGUACGUUCGAGAUUGUGAAGUUGGAAGUGUGCAGUGGAGUUUGUUGUAUGGAAGAAAGAGAAUAUGGGGAAUGGGUGAGUGAUGUGGAGUCUUUUGGGAAGAAGAAGGCAAGGCUGGUGAGGAGCUUUGUGGGAAGCCUUGUAGAAAAUGCAAUUGGAGUGGAGAAUUGCAAUGCACUGUUUGAGAGAAUGGGAAGGAGGUCCACUGAAAUGUUGGAGAAGGGUCUAUUGCGUCCUUCCAGAUUUGCUCCCUGCGUUAUAGCUGCUCUCGUUAGAAGAUGA